UCAAUUAGACAACAACAUUAUCUUCCACAGCUUUUAACAUUUUUAUUUAUUAAUAUAUAUAUAUUCUCACUUCUCGAACUUGAUUUCCUGGGAUCAAACACUCAACACAAAUUUUCUUGAUUUUGGUGCUCAGAGAAGAAAAAAAAAAAGGUUUUAAUGGAAUCUCCUCAAUCUGUUGUGUCGCCAUUCAAGGCCUCCUCUGUUUUCUCUGAUCAUGAGAAACAGAAUCUUGAUCUUUUUACUAAAAACCCGGCUUUCAUGACGAAAAAGCCCGAACCGGAACCAGCGCCAGCUCUUGGUGUUCUUGAGGUAUGCAUUCAUCAAGCUAGGGACAUUCAAAACAUAUGCAUAUACCAUAAACAAGAUGUUUAUGCUAAAAUUUGCAUCACUAGUAACCCCGAAAAAUAUGUUACUACUCAAACCAUCAAUGGAGGGGGACAAAAUCCGGUUUUUAAUGAAACGCUAAGAAUUAACGUUCCUACAAUUGAUGCUUCACUGAAAUGUGAGAUCUAUAUGUUGAGUAGGGUGAAAAAUUAUCUUGAAGAUCAGUUGUUAGGUUUUGCUUUAGUCCCUUUAUCGGAAAUUCUCAUGAAGAAUGGAAAGUUAGAAAAGGAGUUUACUUUAUCUUCCACCGAUCUUUUCCACUCGCCUUCUGGUUUCGUUCACUUGUCGUUGUCAUACAACGGUACCUCCCCUGACAUUAUUGCUAUCCCACCACCAUCGGCGGCUGAUGGAACUGCCAAUGAUUCUGAGUUAGCUGAAUUUGACAAACUUGAGUUUCCGGAUCCCAAAUUAGUGAAUGAAAACCAUAUGAUGGUGACAGAGUAUAUUGGUUUGAGCUCAGAGAGUUUGGUCUCAUCUGACGCCGAUGAUCAAGUUGAUCAACCUAUUUCAGAAACCGUCGAAACAGUUGAAACCCCAAAGCCCAACUCUCCACCAACAAGUGUCUCAACUAAUGGGUCUCAUUGUGCUUCAGGUCCUGUUAUAAGAACGGAAUCAGACUCAAAAUCUGCAAAUCAAGAAUGUGAGUCGCUACUAAAAGAAAACCCUGCAAAAGGUGGUGAUGGUGAGAGUGAUUCGGUAAGUGAGAAUGCCAUAAAGAAGCCUUUAGUGGCAGUUAAUGUUGAUUUGGAGCAAAAAGUGGUGCAACAGGACUUUGUGGAUUUGUAUAUGAAGAGUAUGCAACAGUUCACUGAGUCGUUGGCUAAGAUGAAACUCCCAUUGGAUGUGGAAAAGGAAGGCUCGGAGUCAGGAAACUCUCCUAGUUCGGAUCAGAAGAUUCAGACACCAAAUGGGACACAGUCUCGUGUGUUCUAUGGGAGUCGAGCAUUCUUCUGAAGAUUCACAGGGGAAAUGUAGGGUUUAGAAUAAAGAAGACUGAUGACAAAACACUGCUUUAGCUUAUGUUGUUGUUGUUUCAAGGUAUGUAAGUAUGGAUCUUUGUGUUUUAACCCGUCACUCUGUGUUUUUUAAAUUCUGAGUUUAGUUCUUGAUCUA